UCUCACUAACCAGGCAUUACAAAAAAACACCAUUUAAGGGAAAAAUGAUAAUGAUAUGUUUCUGUCUCUGAAUCAGAGAAUCUGUGUGCCCAUGAGAGGUAAAGGAGGGAGAAAGAAGAAGGAGCUCUGCAGCAAAUGUCAAGAGACUAGCGCCAGCACUCACUCGCCGAUCGAAGAACAAGAAGAGAAAGAAGAAUUCUGUCCAUCCCUUUUCGAUUCUCCCAUGAACGUUGCUUUUGUUUCUCGUAUGUUGUGGAAAAGGAGGGCUCAAAGGGAUAAUAUCCAACACAACUUGAUGAUGUUUGUAAUGAUGAAAAGAGUUUUCGUCUGCAGAACUGUUGAAAUCAGACUUCUCAAUGUUCUUCCCAUCAAUAUGCCUAAGCUGUUUGAUUUUUGUAAGUAAAAAGUUGAGGGCUUUCGUAUUGGAGGAGAAUUUGAAUGACUCAGAGUUGUUCACUAGGCUAGAUAACGGUAGGAGACGUUGAUUCCUGGACAAGACGUAAGUUGGGUCUUGCUUAGCCGUGGAAAUGCUUGGCUUCUGAACUAGGUUUGUGAUCUUUCCUGUCAGGAAAUCGAAAAAAAUCUCAAAAUUUGUUUACGUAGUCAUAUGAUUGUUCUGUGGAGAAUUGUUUCUGAAUGAUUUUUUGAUUAAGAUAUCUCCAAUGAGUUCCUGUUAAACAAUGGAAAAGGGUAGCAGCCUUAUUUAAACCGUUAAUGUUGUGUUUGAUGGUUGGUUUGACAAUUGGGAUUUGCAGAGUGAUUUCCUUCAGAGGGGACGAGUUCCGUUUGCUCUUCGUUGUGGUGGAUAAUAUCUUUAUGUGUGAUUUCAGGUUGAAUUUGGUAACCGUGCACUUGUGUUAAUAGAUAAGAUAAUCGGUAAAUAUGGUAUUCUUAUGACAGUAUCAAACAUUUUAUGAUUGGACAUUCGAUUUAUUACAAGAACGAGAGAAAAUGAGUAAUGUGUGUUAAACAAGGUUUUUGUCUAAGAGAUGGCUUAUGCUUUGUUAUGUCGUCAGGUUAGAAUAUUCUUUGUUUGAGGACGGGUUGCGAAACUUAACAUAUCAGUUUUUGUGUUAUUGCAUUUACCCAAUAUGUUCUCACUGUCAAUCGAAAUGAAAGUUAAACAAGCGUGUGAACGUCGUGAGGAUUUCAUUGCCUAAAUUAAUGAUAUGAAAUGCUAUAUUGUUUCCUCUUUUAUGGUAGGGCAUUCUAUUAGCCUUUAUCUUUCUGCCACUUUGACAAUUUCCAAUAUCGAUCUUUGUGAACCGAUGCUUGGUUCUCUUUCAACACCGUAAUGGAUAAUAUCAUUUGUAGAAGUUUUGGAGCUACGAAAACGUGCUUCUCAAUGAUGUGCCUGCUUGAAUUAGGACGAUGGAUCUAGACCUGAGAUGCUCUGAUCCAUAAAAAUUUAGUUAUCGUUGACAACACAUCCUUUGGGUAAGGAUGUUUCGUCCAUACAUGAUGAUGCAUUGACCGAUGCAUUAAGGUUAAUGGUUGGAUCAUCCACAGGGACUUUUCAUACUUUUAAAUUUCUUAUUACCAAAUGAGAGGAUCUCAAAUAUGUAACAAGAUGAAGAUGGUAUAGAGAGUGGCAUGUCUAUAUAUGGGGUAACACAAUAGCGGGCAAUAAUUUCAUUUAAGAAAUGAAUUGAUGAGCUUUAAGAUUUGGAUAAGUUCACUAUAUCUAGAUCGUCCUCAACGAGGAAGAAAGAGCCACCAAAAGGGUUAAAGUGUCAAAUGCGAUAUAAAUGUUAAAUUUCUACCCCAUACAGAAAAGUUUUCGUAUAGACAAACAAGUGCGCCAAAAUAAAUGCUAAAACUCUACCUCAUGGAGGAAAGGCUCGCAGAGCAGACUGAAGGAAGGGGUUGCGAGUGGUUCUUUCGUAUGGAGGAUCACGAGCAGCACGAGGCGGAGAUUUAGCAUUUAUGUCAAUGUUUAUAUGAAUCUUUCCUUCCAAGACCCGCUCCUCCGUCCUCUACAUACCCGACUUCUUUUCAUUUGAUUGUCAAGAAUUGACAAGAAUGAAAAGAUCUUUUGUGAAUGAUCCGGCUUUCGAUCCGAAUGCACUUGCCAAGUCAUCUCGUGUCUGGAUGCAACCUCCUUACCAUGGGAUGCACAACACAAUGCCGAUGCCUGAGAUGAUGUUGCCUUGUUAUCCAGCAACCAGCGAGGUUGAUGAGGACUAUUUAAAGCAAAAGAUGGGCCUAACUCUGGAGGUCUUUUGGCAACGGCAGCUGAGUGAGAUGAAAAAUUUCACAGGGGGGUUCAAAAGCGAAAAUCAGUUGCCUCUGGCUCGGGUAAAAAAGAUUAUGAAAUCUGAUCCUGAAGUCAAGAUGAUCAGUGCGGACACGCCUCCCGUGUUUGCAAAGGCAUGCGAGAUGUUCAUUCUGGAGAUGACACUCCGAGCGUGGAUUCACACCGAAUCACGAAACCGUGACACCAUCCAACGCUGCGAUCUUGCUGAGGCGGUAAAGCGUUCGGAAACUUUCGACUUCCUGAUUGAUCUCGUCCCUUUCGGACCGCACUGUGUUCGCCAUCAGGGUGUGGAUCAAAAUGCUGUGCAGGAGCAAGUCGGACCGGCUGCUACUGUUCAACCCGUUUUUCCAUUACCGAACAUGGAUCCGCCGGUUAAUCUCAACCCGAUCGAACAGAACCUGGAGGUUCCUCCCGAGCUGUUGGCCGAUUCCUUCAUGACCGAUGAGCCGUUUGACCUCAACUUCGACUUCCCGUGAAAAUGGGCCAUGGAGAGGAGAUGAAAGGCUUCCUAGAAACAAUGAAAAACUUAUUUGAUCUUACAAAAUAAUUUGGAUCAUCAAUCUAUGUGUAGGUCCAUGGUUAUAUCAUAUAUAAUAAGGUCUGUGUUUUUGUGCUUGUGUUCAGACCAUUGUUUAUGUAUUUCAAAUUUCGGUUUUAAUAAAAUGGAUGAAGGAAAAAAAACUUUAUAUUA